AUGAGUUCCCAGCCUACAUAUAUGGAAUCCCCUACAGUGCCACUCAUUCAUAGACACAAAAUGCACACUCCAGAUACACGAAAAUCCGGUCUUAUGGGGAAAAUCCGUGAUUUUUUAAAACAAACAGCUAUUGCCCUUAGUGAUACGCGUGGACUUGUUACUGUAGUGAUGGUCUGCACUCUCUUCUUUGUUGGUUGGCGUGCGGCUGGAAUUUUAUUAAACUGUGAAAACCCACUCGUUGUGGUUCUCUCUGGUAGUAUGGAGCCCGCCUAUUAUCGUGGAGAUCUGCUGCUUCUACACAAGGCCACACCUAUCACUAUUUCCGAUGUGAUUGUCUUUUCACUACCCAAUCGAACUGUGCCGAUUGUCCACCGUGUGCAUCGCAUGCAUGAGGAUGGUGGAGUGCAAUUGUUUCUCACAAAAGGUGAUAAUAAUGAGUUUGAUGAUCGCACAUUAUAUCCGGAUGGAUAUCAGUGGGUGAAGAAGGAAGAUAUUAUUGGAAAAGUCUUUCUCAUCAUUCCACAUGCCGGCUUUCUAACACUUAUAGCAGAGGAUAAACCAUGGUUUAAGGGAGUCGUGCUGAUUGCAUCUUUACUAUGGGGAUGGAUGGCAGGAGUGUGA